AUGGCUUCGCCCUUAGCCACAGACUCUCCAGAAGAGGAGAGCACCGAUGUCCCCGAGGUGACCCAAACAGAGACGAGAACGGCCGUGUCGCGACUCCGGGCUAAGAACACAGCGCCCGGACCCGACGGAGUUCCUGGUCGAGCUCUCGUCCUGGCUCUGAAGGAGCUAGAGCCCCAGCUGAGAGGGCUCUUCACGGCAUGUCUCGAGCAGGGUCAGUUUCCCAGUGUGUGGAAGGAGGGGAGGCUGGUCCUGCUCAGGAAGGAGGGGCGCCCCGCGGACUCACCGUCCGCGUACCGGCCCAUAGUGCUGCUCGACGAGGCGGGCAAAUUUCUUGAGCGCAUCAUCGCAGAUCGCCUGGUCAGCCACUUGUGCAGAGAGGGGCCGGACCUGGACGAGAACCAGUUUGGUUUUCGUCGCGGGCGCUCCACCAUAGACGCUAUUACGCGCGUGAGGGCCCUGGCGGAGGAGACAGUAUCCCGGGGUGGGGUGGUGCUGGCGCUGUCCUCUCCAACGCCUUCAACACCCUACCCUGGAGUUGUAUUCGGGAGGCGCUGA